AUGUCCAGGGAGAGAUUGACGUUUGAAGAGAUAGCAGAGUCCGCUGAGCUUGCAGUCAACAAACUGCAUCGUGAGUACCCUUCUCAAGGCCCAGGAAAGCGCGAUAAGCUCGGUGCAGGAGAGGGUGACGGAGGUCUAUACUACAACUAUGCCAACAGUAGUCAUGGAACCCAAAGAUAG